AUGGCUCAAACUCGAAGCAAUCGCCAGACCCUCUCCCGUGGGGCCCAAUCGCCUCGACGAGAAACCCUCCCUCGAGCGGAAGAUCAGCAUCAGUCUACUCGCGAUGGCCCGUUACCCCUCGUCCAUGGGGGCCAUCCGCCCCUCUCCCAUGAGGGACAGCCUCCCCUCACUCAUGGUGGCCAACCGUCCCUCACCCAUCAAUCCCCUCGUGAGGGUCACCCGUCCCUCACACACCAGCAGCCGCCCCUUCCAGAGCCCUCUCACCCACUGGGGGCCCAACUUCAGGUGCCUCCUCUUACCGCCCCACAUAUUCACUCGGGACCCUACUCAGGUAUGCAGAUCCCAUCCGUCGUGCCUUGGGCUGAGUACGAAGCCCUACGACAGCAACACGCUGAAGGAAUACAAGCUCUGAGGGAAAUGGCUGGUAUUUUGCAAAGUCUGGUCCCCCACAGGACAAUCCCAGCUGCAUUGAGAAAGUUCAUCCCGGGGAUAGUUCCAUCUCACAGGGCUCGUCAAGAGGUACCAGGGAACGACUCCUAUCGAGACGCAAGCCCUGAAACCCACGUCCAACCUGUCCAAACUCGAAACAAUCAACCAAGGUCUCCUUUAAGGGAAGAUCACAGCUAA